AAGAAAACACACUUUGAAGCUUUUUAAUAAUAUAAUCUCAGAAUCUUGAAAGAGCUUAUAUAAAAAAAUGAGUACAGCUACUUUUGUUGAUAUUAUUAUCGCUGUCCUCUUGCCUCCUCUUGGAGUCUUUCUCAGAUUUGGUUGCGGGGUUGAGUUUUGGAUAUGUUUGGUUUUGACGCUGCUUGGAUAUAUUCCUGGGAUCAUCUACGCUAUUUAUGUCCUCACCAAAUGAUUUACCAACCAUCCCUCUCCUUCUGUUUCGUCGUGUUCUCCGUCUCUUCGUUUGUGACUGAUUCAUCGUUUCUUUCAUCAGAGUUUUUAUGUUUUUUUUCUAAGUAAUUAAUCAUCAGUGUUGUUUGUGUUUGCUUUGUUAUAUAAUGUUGUGUUAAUAUUAUAAUUUAUAAAACAAGAGAGCUUUGUGUGAAGAAUUUGCUUAUUCGAGCUUCUGUUUUUUUUCUUAA